AUCACCUAAUCUGAAUUUUUUUGGUCUCAACAUGUAGCUACUAUUGAACUUUGUGGUAUACGAAGCGCGAAGGUGUCAGUCAAGAGUGUAACGUUCGCAACAAGAUUAAACACAAAGGCCUUCGAUGAUUCGAAGAUUAUUGACCUACUUUAGAUCCCUAAAAACGGAAUCCCUUCAAUAUCACAAAUUCUCCACAACCCCCAGGCUUUUAGACCUAAGUGAGUUUUUCGAUGAUAAGAAAAACUGGGGAGAACCAACUGUGUACAGUGGAAGACCAUGGCGCAAAGAAGAGCUUCGACUGAAGAGUAAUGUGGAUCUACAUAAACUGUGGUAUGUGCUUCUGAAGGAGCGUAACAUGCUGAUGACUAUGGAAGAAGAGCACUUCCGUUGUUUGGAGCGAAUGCCUAAUCCUGAGCGCUUUGAGAAGGUUGAGGAGAGUAUGGAGAAUCUUUUAAUGGUCGUAGAAGAACGUAACCGUGCAGAAGAUGAAUUAGAAAUAGGUGAAUGGGUUGGUCCAAAGGUCGUGGAGUCAGUAGACCCGUUGGGUCGAGCAGUUCAAACACUAACCAGUGAACAUCUUUCUCCUAAAGUUAUACCAAGUCAUGCACAAUCAGAUGAGCGAAUGUGGAGUGAAAAGACGGUGAAACUGUUGCGGUUGGAGCGCGAAAAGCGAAUUAUCAGAAGGCGCGAAAGUCAACGUAGGCAACGUUAUUUCGACAGGCUUAAACAAUGGAACAAAAGUGACUAUCUCGACGAAGAUUCGAUUUAAAGACUAUUAGAAUAAAGUUAUAUAGACCUUAGUGUAUAUAAUGUAAAUAAAUACUUAAAUAUCUACAUGUGUUGGUUCAGCCAAUUAUAAGAAAAUAUUCUAUGGCUUAUACAGUUCCGAACAUUAAAAAAAUUCAAAUCAAAAGACUUAUUUCUUAACAGAAAGUGUUUGUAAGGUUACA